AUGGCCAUCCAAAUCCAAGAUAUUGACGUCCAGCUUGAGGCCCUCUUUUCGAUGGCGGUAGCUCAUAUGGAGUCCCAAGGGGUAAAUGUCGAGCCAGCCGAGAACACAUCAGCGGCAGGACCAGACAGAAAGCGGAGGAAGCUAUUCCAUGUCUAUCAACAGACCAAGCAGCUUCUGGGCGACCUACGUUUGGAUGAUCAAGCCGAUUCAACUUUACCCGAAGACCCAGUUUGGCUGGCUUCGCAACCUGAUCCCAACAAUGGUGGCGAACCCAGUGACAGAGGCGAAGACAGAAGUGAAGCCUCGUCUGACCUAGAUGAUCACCACGGUGACCCGAACUUUGAGCCUUCUGAGACCAGUGGCGACGCGAGCGAAACGAAUGACUCCGAGGAGAUAUCCGCACAUGACCACGGCAACGAAGAUGAGGACGAGGACAAUAAUGAGGGCGGUCGUAGCGGCACUCCCGAAGAGAUUGAUAAUGCCUUGCGCAUCCCGAUCUUAGGACAAGUGACUGGAUUCUGCCAGGACUGUAACGAGAUGCCUGCCCAGACGGUCUGCUACACCUGCGGUACCGGUCGAUUCUGCGGUUUUGAAUGCUGGGAUUCAUCUCGCGAAGAUAGUGAGAAGCACACAUGUCUCGAUGUUGACGAACCAUGGCCAGCCAGCGGAUUUUGGUACGACAUGGUCAACGGUAGCUUGCCUUUUAACAGAAGCUAUUUUGGGGGUUCCAGAAUUGCCACUCACUGGACGAAGAAUCGACUUUGCUCGGACUUUAUCGCCAUCUUUGGACGUCACAUUAUCUUAACCAAUUUCAACGACAACAAUGGCGACCCCAUCUUGCGAAUUAGGCAUAUGUGUCCUGGCUCAAGAGCCGUGCUCACGCCAUAUUCCCUGAUGAGGAUAGAAGUGAAGUACUUAACUUAG